GGAAGAAAAGCACUAACUCUCACCCUCCGAAUCCCAAACGAAGAAAACCAAGCAAUUCAAGAUCUGAAAAAAUGGCGUUAGAAUGGGUGGUACUCGGUUACGCCGCCGCAGCCGAAGCGAUAAUGGUGCUUCUCCUCACCAUCCCCGGCCUCGACGCUCUCCGCAAAGGUCUCGUCGCCGUCACGAAGAAUCUCCUGAAACCGUUUCUCUCGGUGGUUCCGUUUUGCCUCUUUCUUCUCAUGGACAUUUACUGGAAGUAUGAAACCAGGCCUAGCUGUGAAGGCGAUUCGUGCACUCCGACGGAGCAUCUCCGUCAUCAGAAAUCGAUUAUGAAGAGUCAGAGGAACGCGCUUCUCAUCGCGGCCGCGCUUUUGUUCUACUGGCUUUUGUAUUCGGUGACGCAUCUUGUUGUUAAGAUCGAUCUGCUUAACCAGCGUCUUGAGCGUCUCAAGAGGACUGAGUGAAGCACUGGUUGAGAUAAGUCUAUCGGAUUUGUGUUCUUUGUUGUUAUUUGGUUGUUAUUAUCUUAGUAAGCCACAGUUUACAAUUCCUAUCCGUUUUUCUUUGUUUGUUAUGUAGAUCUACAAUUUCUAUGUUUGAAUGAUUACAAAACCAUUAUUGGUUGAUAUAA